AUGAGUGACCGACCAGACCUCCCACGGCGCAAGUCGAGCGCCAGUGAGAAUGAUGACGCCCAUGUCAAGAAAAGCGGGCACAGGAAGGCCUUUCACGUUGGCGCAGCGACCCGUAAUCAUACGCGUGUCCCGAGCUAUGGCAAGAAAUUGAACCAGCUAGGCAAGCUGACGGCUUUGACGGCUAGCGACACAAAGUCUGGCUCGACAGAUCAGCUUAAGAAUGCCUCACCUCGAGCAUCAGGUCUCACUCGAUCUGCAAGUCAGAAAAGUCUUAGUAGCCGCAGGAACCAGUCCUCGCAAGAGCUCAAGCGCAUACGACACGGGGGAAGUUCUACGCAUCUAGCGCCUAAUAAAGAGAAAAGAAGUCACGAUGAGCCUACGCACAAACAGUCGGGGCAAUCAUCAGAUAAUAUUGCGCAAGCAGCAAAGGCAAAGUUCUCCAUUUCUGGCGAUGAUGAAGAUGAGGAUGAGGAAGAUGUGAAUGAUGAGGAUGAGAUAGAGGAGAAGCCAGGAGAAGGCGAAACGCCAGCGGCGAAUGGCUCCGUACAGGCGCAAGAUGUUGCGACCAAGGAUCGCCUGAUCGCUGAACACGAUGCAACGCCCGGCCGUAUACGCGAACUGAGGCCACCAGAUAUGGCAUUGAAAAGCGAGAGCACAUCACCGACGCGUCCUUCCCCGCUUGAGCCUUUUCCUUCUAUGAUGCAAGGAUUGAGUCAGAACAAGCCAACCUCAGGCCUACCUGCGCAUGGAGACAGCCCUUUCAAAUUGCUGGCUCAGCCUGUCAUCAGGCCCGCUGCGCCGAUGCUCACGCGCGAAGCCGCUGUUUCCAAAGAUAUCCGUGCCACUGACCGCAUCUCGUCAACCGAUGCUCAAGGCGGGAACUCACAGCCCUUGACUUCGAGGUUCCUGGAAUCCCCACGGCGUGCGAAUGGCUCGCAGAACAUGAUCGAAGGUUCCAUGAGUCGGUCGUACACUGGGAUGGAGGCACCUCGCUCACCGAAGCUGCACAAACCAGCUCCUAGCCUGAAUGUUGGUGCCACUCAAUUAGUCUCCUCUUCUACGCUUGGGACCGGUACUUCCAGAACACAACAGAAGCUUCUGCUUCAACGCGCAUCGAGCAUUUACAAUCUAGAUCGCUAUGAAGGCUACCAAGGAGAUAGAGAGGGUUGGGAAAGAGUAUCGAAACGUCUGCCGCUAUCGAGCUCCGAUCAAAGAGCUGAGCACGCGCAUAGGUUUACUCAGUGGGCCGCCGCGGUCACAGAAAACGCUUCCGCUGAGUCGAUCGUCAACGGCCCUGCAAGCUGUCGCGAGUGA